CAGAUAGCGGGUGUUUGCCCCCGGCUCUGGGGCGGGCUGGGGGCGGAGCAGCAGAGCAAUGUGAUCCAGAUCCACUCCGAGCGCAGCUCAAUUUCUCUCUUGUCCUGCAGCAGCUGUGGUGCUCCGGUCACCGUGCAGCCGCACUGCUAAGCACCUUGCGGCGCUCGGAGCCGGCACAGCCCCUGGAUCUGAGUGCUUGGCCUUUCCCUGAGCGCUGCUCCCCGGCAGGACCCCGCUGUGCAGGAAUCGUGGAGCCUGGCGCCAUGUGGCUCUUUCUGCUCCUCCUCAGCCAAGGCAUUCUUCAUAAUUGCUGUGAAGCAUACAAUGUUGGGCUCCCAGAAGCAAAAUUGUUUUCUGGUCCUUCAAGUGAGCAGUUUGGAUAUGCAGUUCAACAGUUUAUAAAUCAUCAAGGCAAAUGGCUGCUUGUUGGCUCGCCAUGGAGUGGGUAUCCAGCUAAUAGAAUGGGAGAUAUCUACACAUGUCCUGUUGACUCACUUGAAACCACAUGUAAAAAACUGAAUUUACAAACUUUAACACGUAUCCCAAAUGUUACUGAGAUAAAGGAACAGAUGAACCUUGGCUUGACACUAAUAAGAAACUCAAAAACUGGAGGAUUUUUGACUUGUGGUCCCUUGUGGGCCCAGCAGUGUGGAAGUCAGUACUAUGCAACGGGAGUCUGUUCUGAAAUCAGUCCAAGUUUCCAGAUCUUAAGAAGCUUUUCACCUGCUCUUCAAAACUGCUCCUCCUUCAUCGAUGUUGUUGUUGUGUGCGAUGAGUCAAACAGCAUUUAUCCCUGGACUGCAGUGAGUGCAUUUUUGACAAAAUUUGUCCAAGGCUUAGAUAUAGGCCCCACGAAAACUCAGGUGGGCUUAAUUCAGUAUGGUAAUGAUCCAAGGGUAGUGUUCAACUUGAAUACCUAUGAAACAAAAGAUGAUGUUGUUAAAGCAAUGUCACAGACCUUUCAAAGAGGAGGAGACUUGACUAAUACUUUCAAAGCAAUUGACUAUGCAAGACGUCAUGCUUUUUCCUCUGAAUCUGGUGGACGGCCCACAGCCACAAAAGUCAUGGUCGUUGUGACAGAUGGUGAAUCCCAUGACGGCUCAAGUUUGAAAGAAGUGAUAACUAAAUGCAAUGAGGACAAAAUAACCAGAUUUGGCAUAGCUGUUUUGGGAUACUUAAUCAGAAAUGAACUCGAUACUAAAAAUUUAAUUAAAGAAAUCAAAGGAAUUGCGAGUCUUCCGACAGAAAAGUAUUUUUUUAAUGUGUCAUCUGAGGCUGCACUGUUGGAAGAAGCAGGAACACUGGGAGAACGCAUAUUUAGCAUAGAAGGUACCGAUCAAGGUGAUACCUUCCAAAUGGAAAUGUCACAAGUGGGCUUCAGUGCAUAUUACUCACAAAAAAAGGAUGUUCUGAUGUUAGGUGCUGUUGGGGCUUAUGAUUGGAGUGGGACUGUAGUCCAGGAGACCUCAAACCAAGUGACUACAUUCCCUAAUCAAGCAUUUGAAAAAAUUCUACAAGACAGAAACCAUAGCUCGUAUUUAGGUUAUUCUGUUGCUAUUAUCUCAACCCAGAACACAGUCUAUUUUGUUGCUGGUGCACCAAGAUCAAACUACACUGGCAGAGUAGUGAUUUAUGACAUUGACAGCCAUGGCAGAGUCACAGUUGUUCAGUCCCAGAGAGGGGAUCAGAUUGGCUCCUACUUUGGCAGUGUGAUGUGUGCAGUGGAUGUUAACAGAGAUUCAGUUACAGAUGUGCUGCUAGUAGCUGCACCAAUGUUCAUGAAUGAGCUAAAGAAAGAAGAGGGAAGAGUUUAUAUGUUUUCCAUCAUAAAGGGAAUUUUGGAUCAACAAAAACUCUUAGAAGGUCCGCAAGGGUUAGAAAAUGCUCGAUUUGGAUCUGCCAUGGCUACCCUUUCAGAUAUUGAUUUGGAUGGGUUUAAUGAUGUGAUAAUAGGAGCACCUUUAGAAAAUCAGAACUCUGGAGCUGUCUACAUUUACAAUGGCAAUCUAAGGACUAUACGUACCAAAUAUUCACAGAAAAUUUUAGGAUCAAAUUCUGCUUUCAGACAACUACUCCAGUACUUUGGGAAGAUCAGUAGAUGGCCAUAAAGACUUAAUGGUGACGGCAUUACUGAUGUAUCUGUUGGUGCUGAUGGAAAUGUGGUUCAACUCUGGUCACAAAGCAUUGCAAAUGUGUCCAUAAGAGCAUCAUUUGUACCUGAGAAAAUCAGUCUGCUGAAUAAGAACACUGAGAUAGCUGUCAAAAUGUUCAGUGCCAAGUUUAGACCUGCUAAUAGAAAUAACCAAGUGGAUCUUAGAUACAAUGCAACACUGGAUGCUGAUCUCCACUCAUCUAGAGUGACUUCUAGAGGAUUAUUCAAAGAAAACAAUGAGAGAUAUAUACAGAAAAAUAUUGUUGUAAGUUCUGCAGAGACCUGUGUUGAGCACAUCUUUAAUGUACAGGAGCCUUCUGAUGCUGUAAACUCCCUUAGUCUGCGCAUUGAUAUUAGCCUCAAGAAUCCUGGCUCCAGUCCUGUCCUUGAUAUAUAUUCACCUGCCACUGUGGCCUACAGUAUCCCUUUUGUUAUGGAUUGUGGUGAGGAUGAACUCUGCAUUUCUGAUCUUGUUCUUGAGGUUCAACAGAAAACCGAUGAUGGCAAACGGCCCUUCAUUGUCAGCAGCAAGAACAGAAGGCUGACAUUCAGUGUGAAGCUGAGAAAUAAAAAGGAAAAUGCCUACAACACCAGAAUCCAGGCUACAUUUUCAGAAAACUUGUUUUUCGCUUCAUCUUCUUUACCAGCUGAUGGGACUGAAGUCUCAUGUCAGAUGGGCACUGGCCAUAAAUCAGUUAUUUGCCAAGUCAGCUAUCCUGUUUUUAAAGUGGGACAACAGGUAUAUUUUGAUAUUAAUUUUGACUUUAAUCUCAAAAAUCUUCAGGACAUGGCAAAUAUAAGUUUUCAUGCUUUGAGUGAAAGUAAUGAAGAGCAAGAAGCAGACAACCAGGUCUACCUCUCAAUUCCUCUGCGGUAUGAUGCAGAAAUUCACUUAACAAGGUUUACCAACAUAAAUUUCUAUGAAGUAUAUUCUGAUCGUAAUAUUCCUUCCACUGUGAAUAAUUUUGAAGAGAUUGGUCCUGCAUUCAAUUUUUCAGUGAAGGUUACAACGGGAAGCAUUCCAGUAAUGGUGGCUUCUGUAAAAAUCCAUUUUCCACAGUUAACUAAAGGAAACAAUCCUCUGAUGUAUCUAACUGCACUGGAUACAGAUCAGGCUGGAGGUGUCACUUGUGAUGCAAAGAUUAAUCCUUUGCAAAUAGGAAAAACAUCUUAUUCUGCAUCUUUCAAGAAAGAAAACUUCAGAGCUGCAAAAGAACUAAACUGUAAGAACACACACUGUAAUACAAUUACUUGCAAGCUGAAAGACCUCACAGUGAAAGGAGAGUAUUUUGUAAAUGUGUCUACCAGAAUCUGGAAUGGGACCUUUGCAGCUUCAACUUUCCAGAUGUUACAGCUGACAGCAGUUGCAGAAAUUGAUACGCAUAACCCAGAAUUAUUUAUAAUUGGAGAGAAUACCUUACCUAUCCCAGUGACAAUAAUGAAGCCUGAGGAGAAAGCGGAGGUACCAAUCGGAGUUGUGAUAGGAAGUAUACUGGCAGGACUGCUGUUGCUGUUAGCGUUGGUUGCUGUUUUAUGGAAGCUUGGCUUCUUCAAGAGAAAAUAUGAAAAAAUGACAAAGGAUGUAGAAGAUAUUGAUGAGAUUACAGAACUCACAAAAGACAAAGAUUGAAGACAACAAUGAUUGGAUUACAGAACUAAUCCUCUGAGCCACAAACAAUGGCUGUGGUCCAAUCAGAUCUUCAGCUGGAGUGCCUUAAAGUUCAAUAACUGUUAAACUUGUUUCUUAAGGAAUGAAAAUGCUUUUUUUAUGGAUGAAAAUAUUUUACAGAUUCUUCUGUGUUGUAAGAAUAACUGCAGGUCAGUUUUUUUCACAUAUAUUUUAUAGUAUAUUUUCUUGUAUAGUUUUUUCCUUGCAAACAAAUUAACCCUUUUGAAUCGGGCAGGUCUGGAGCAUACACCUUGUGGCAGAAAUCCCACUUCCAUUCCACAAAGAGCAAAAUAGAGCAACUUUUUUCAGAUUUUGGAACAAUAUCAGUCCAAGUUAAUAAGCUCUUGGUAAAAAUGAUUAUUUUCUACUAACUAAAUGAUCUAGAAUAAUGACAUUGCAUGAUGAGUAUUGAUUCAGGACAUGGAAAAGCAAACUGAGCUUUACAGUUACUUAGCUACAUUUUGAUUGUCUUGGAGAACUGACUCACAUUUCCCGUGAAAUCUGAGUCUUAACUAAUCUAUAACCUUACAGGUUGUAUAUAUUAUAAAAUGGGCAAUGCGUCCUGAUUUGGGAAUGAAGACUCCAGACUACACCCUAAUAUAGGAUGGCUGGAUGGGUACACCAUACCAAGUACAUCACCAUAUUUCUUUCACUAAGAUGACAAAAAUUAAAUUUUUACAGCGUAUGGCAUUUGUAAAGUACUUCUAAAAGAGACAUGCUCCUACUUUAGUGCUGCCUUGCAUGUUUUGUCCUUUUUAAAGGCAGAAGAUCUGAAUUUGAAAACUCACUGUGACUUGCUGUCAUUACUAGGUGCUACUGUGGCAGCUUUCAAAUUCUCAGCACUACUCCAAUGGAUUUAAAUUUUACUUCUCUGAACCCUUGUCUUGUACAGUUAAUUAUCUAACAAAGGAGAAAAAACAGGCCUAUAUUUAUUAUUAAAAAUCACUUACUAUACCUUUAAAUUUACAUGUCCUUUUUUCUUUAACCCAAAGAACAAGGUGAACUGAAAUCCUUUAUUUGGAUUCCUAAUCCUUACUCACGGCAGUAACCCCACAGACUAUUGGCAUCAUGAGAAUGAAAAUGCAAGAUUUUGCCUUCGUUCAGUAGCUGACAAUAAGGCAGGCGUGAAAGAAGGUGUCUGGUGUAUUAUAGGAGCACAGGAAAAGCUAAGUAAUGUGCACCCAGUGUGACAAAGAACAGUGGAAGAUCUGUUCUAUAUUGGUGCUUGUACCACUCUCAUCAUCGUAUUAUGUGAGUGCCUUUCAGCGAUGCCUUAAGCAGUGUGACCCCGUCACGUGCUGUUUGUUCUUAUAUAGCUAAAGAACUUUUACAAGUAACUUAUGUUUUGUACAAUUUAAAAUACUGUAGUACUUUUGAAAGAAAAGUUUUAAGACCUAAAAAGGACGUCUUAUUCAGGUGGCCUUAUGUGACGCUGUUUAAUUUCCAUAACAUUUUUCUAUUUAAGUGACCUUAUGUUAUAUACCCUUUGCUUUAAAAGAAAAUCUUUGAAUUUUAGGUUUGAAAAACUAAGAAUCUCCAUGUUAAAGAGAGAGCCCGCACCAGUCUUGUGGGCUGAGAUAAUUGAAGUUUUGGUUGCCUGACUCUCAUGACAGGCAGUUAACCUCACAACAAGCACAUCACCUGUUGAUAUGCUUUUCUAUACAUAUUUUGGAUUAGAAAUAAGGUGGUGUCUGAUAGAAGACAAUUAUCUGAAGGGUGUAAAAUUUUCAAAGGGACCUAAAUCCCAUUUUCAAAAGACACUUAAGAGUCUAAGUCCUCUUGAUAUUCAGUUAGACUUUAGGUAAAGAUUUUUAAAAGUACCACUCUCUUCUAUGAAUGUGACUGAGGCUCCUACAUCACUUAGCGCCUUUACACAUUUUUAACCUUAGCCUCCUAAGGGCCCAAGUCACUUUCAGAAAUUGGCCUUAAGCUCCUAAAUCACUUAUGCACUUUUUUGAAAAUUUUUAUCUAAAGUCGUCUUAGUUGGUAAACAGUAGCCAGCCAAGCCACCAACUUCCCUGGCUGGAAGAGGUGUCAUUUGGAACAACAGCUGAAUUAUUUUCAGUCUAUCUGGUGUUUGUUUUUAUUCUAAAAGUUUUUUUUAUAUUUUCAUAUUCUAUUUUUUAUGGUGACAUGUUGAAAGACAAUCUGGAUCCCAAAUUCGAUUGUCUGACAGAUAAAUACAGUUGCCACCAGUUGUGCUUGUGGCCAAACUGAGUCUUUAAAAAUUAAGUUAUGCUCUAAACAAUUCCUUAAAGAACAAACUUCUGACUCGCAGUUAUAAACCCUGGGUGCCUCGACUAGCACAUGCAACCUAAAAUUGAAGAUAAAAAUUGGUCUCCUGCCUCAAUUCUCUUUUAACAACUUGAAAAAAAAAUUGCACUCAUACUGAACUUGCAAAAACCUCAUACAUAAUUAAUCUUGUGCAUUCAAAGCAAGAAUAGGAAUUUAACAAUGCCGUGGAUGGUAAACUCUUUCAUUUCUUGUGCCUUUUGGUGGUGCAUGUAAUGGAACCCAGGCAGGCAGCCAGUUUUUAUUGUCAGUCACAAGUUGAAUGUGCAGAGGAGUGUAUUACAUUGAGGGUUUUAGGUGCGUGAUUACAUUCACUUGCCGUGACUGGGUUUUUCAUUGUCCCAGGUGUUACGAUUUUUCACCUAGUCUGGAAGAAGCGCUGUUCUCAAACUACAAGGAAAGCAGAGCAUAAGUAGGGUUUUGCAUCUGUCACUUAGGCAUUUAAUGUUACUAGUUUGGUGGGUUUGUUUUGUGUUUGGUUGGGGGGCCGGUUUGUAUGUGUAUUUUUUAUUACUUAAAUAGUUAAUUCAAUUUUGUAAAGAGUAAUUUUAUUGCACUUUUGGGUACGCAUAGCCUCAGAAAUAAUGCUGGAAAUUUGAUGUAUAUUUUGUACUGUGUAUAACGGUUUGGGGGUUUACAUUUUUAAAACCUUGUAAAGACAUUUAGUUCUAGCUCUAACAUGUUAUUUUGCAGUGCUGGGCUUUGAUUCUAAUCUUGCUUGCAACAGCAGAAGUCAGGAGUAACUCCAGUGAAAUCAAGAGUUACACAGUGUAAAACUGGUGCGAGAUCCGAAUUAGACUGGCUGAGUUUUAGACGAUAUGAGUAAAGUCGUUUGUAAAUCUCAAAAAUUAGUCUCAUAGGAGAAAGCGACAGAGUCCUGUGGCACCUUGUAGACUAACAGAAGUAUUGGAGCAUGAGCUUU